AUGACUGUGCCUCCACCCAACUACGAUCUUAUACUCCUGAGAGAACAUUUAUACCAGGAUUUGAGAAGUCCAGAAUUGGUUUUACCAUCUAAUGUUGAUGACACAGGGUUUAAGCCCCUGCAUGAACGUGGACUCGGGGUGUUCGAUUACCAUUUGGCUAGUUCGGAUGAACCAUCAACAGACACUUAUCUUUAUGUGAUUGCUGCCUUCUGCUCUUUGGUGAUUAUCUACAACAUGCGUUAUUUCAUAGCUGACAGGUCGAGGAAGAUGUCACAGACUCUCAGACGGAAAUCGUCAAAUUUCAUAAACGAGCAUCUCUAUGACAUAGAGGCUGGAUCUCCAGAGCUAGACGCAACCCCAGAGGGCUUGCCUUCGCUCUCAGAGUCGCCUUUUACGCCAAUGGACUACAGUCCGGUUUACUUAAGAAACUCGGAGGUGAAACUGAUGGAGUUUGAUUCCAAGUUCGGAAUCUCAAGGGACAAGUUGAGAUGA